AUGAGCGUCACAUCCUGGUUCCUGGUGAGCAGCAGCGGCACCCGCCACCGGCUCCCGCGAGAGCUCAUCUUCGUGGGGCGCGAUGAGUGUGAGCUCAUGCUGCAGUCCCGCAGUGUGGACAAGCAGCACGCCGUCAUCAACUACGACCAGGACAGGGACGAGCACUGGGUGAAGGACCUGGGAAGCCUGAACGGGACAUUUGUGAAUGACGUGCGCAUCCCAGACCAGAAGUAUGUCCCGCUGAAGCUCCAUGAUGCCGUCCGAUUUGGCUAUGAUUCCAACAUGUACGUCCUGGAGCGGGUGCAGCACCGGGUCCCCGAGGAGGCGCUCAGGCACGAGAAGUACACCAGCCAGCUGCAGGUGAGCGCCCGGGGCCUGGCCCCCGGGAAGGGCGAGGCACCGCCCCAGCACGCCCCUUGCUGUGAGUCCUCGGCCCCCAGGCCGGAGAGGGGGGACCGGAGGCCGGGAGCAGAGGCGGCGGCCUACCGCACACCCCUGUACGGGCAGCCCUCCUGGUGGGGAGAGGACGACGGCGGCAGCCCGCCGGAGGACCGGCGCCAGGAGGAGCCCUACAUGGAGCGGCCCAAGGAGCUGGUGCGGCAGGACGGGGAGCUCUCUGCGACGAUGGCCGGUUUCCGGGCUGCGGCGGAGCCUCAGGGCUUCCCGUUCAGGCGGGAGCCCAGUUACUUUGAGAUCCCCACAAAAGAGGCCCCGUCCCCGCCCCCGCCACCGCUGCGGCCCCCCGAGGUGUCGGCCCAGGAGGCACCCACCAAGGAUACGGAGUCCGGCGGGGGCGGGGCAGCCCCUGUGGUGCAGAGCCACGCCUCCUUCACCAUCGAGUUCGACGACUGCAGCCCCGGCAAGGUGAAGAUCAAGGACCACGUCACCAAGUUCUCACUGCGGCAGAGGAGGCCCCUGGGCAAGGAGGCCACACCCGUGGAGGCCGUGUCUGCGGAGACCAAGGUGGCCGACUGGCUGGUGCAGAAUGACCCAAGCCUGCUGUGCCGGGCGGGCCCUGGCGAGGACCGGCACAGCACCAAGAGCGACCUGCCCAUCCACACCCGCACCCUGAAGGGCCACAAGCACGAGGACGGCACCCAGAGCGACUCAGAGGACCCCACGGCCAAGGCGGCGGCGGCGGCGGCGUCUGGGGUCCCCGCGGAGGGCGGCGGGGGGCAGGUGCGGCUGCAGAGGCAGAUGAAGCGUGACCCCCAGGAGCUGCUGCACAACCAGCAGGCCUUCGUCAUCGAGUUCUUCGACCAGGACACACCCCGCAAGAAACGGUCGCAGUCCUUCACACACACCCGUCCCGGGGACCCCAAGGCCGACAGGCACCGAGGCCCCGGGCCGGCAGACAGAGACCGCUCAGGUGUCCCUGCCUCGGCGCGGGGCGCGGGUGUUGGCUCAGGGCCGCAGCGGGCCGGCUCGCUCAAGCGGGAGAAGACGGAGGAGCGUCCGGGGGGCCCCUCGCCUGCCUCCCGGGGCUCUGUGCGGCCCUUUGGCAGCGUGGGGCGUCGCUCCCGUCUGGCCCAGGACUUCAUGGCUCAGUGCCUACGGGAGGGCUCUCCGGCCGCCCGGCCCAGCCCUGACCGGGCAUCCCCAGCAUCCCCGGCCCCCGAGACACCCCGAGGGGCCAGCCCUGUGGCCCCUGCGACCCCACCACCACCCCCCGCCGACCCCCAGCUGACCAAGGCUCGCAGACAGGAUGAGGACGACAGUCUGAGCGAUGCAGGGACCUAUACCAUCGAGACCGAGGGGCCGGACCCGGAGGUGGAGGAGGCUCGCCAGAUGAUCGACCAGGUCUUUGGGGUACUGGAGUCUCCUGAGCUCUCCAGGGUGUCCUCAGCGGCCUUCCGUCCAGUCAUCAGAGGGGACAGAGACGAGGCCGGUGAUGGGGUUGCCCAGCGAAUGGCCCUCCUGCAGGAGUUUGCCUCUCGGCCGGCGGGCACAGCCCCCCACGGGGAGCUGCAGGGCCUCGCGGUGCCUGGCUCCCCCGGGGGUCAGAAGUGGGUGUCCCGCUGGGCCAGCCUGGCUGACAGCUACUCGGACCCAGGGCAGGCAGAGGAGAGCCCUGGGCGCAGAGCCGGGGAGCAGGAGGGGGCCCUGCCUGUGCGCCAGCGACGGCGACUGCCACAGCUGCCCAGUGACCGCUCAGACAGCCCUGGGGGUCUUGAGGCCACCAGGAGGAGUGGCCCUGGGCCUCCGGAGUCGGCCAGUGAGCAGGCCGGCUGCCUCUUGGGCCAGGAGGACUUGGAGCCCGACAGCCUCAGUGAUGCCAGUGGGUCGGACGGUGGGCGGGGCGCGGAGUUGGGUGCAGGCCCACAGGAGGAGAGACGCAGGAGCCCCCAGGAGGGAGUAGCGUGGACAAAGGGCCGGCGCUCACCAAGGGCCCCCGGAGAGCCAGCCGCCACCUCUUUCUUCAUUGGGGACCAGAAUGCAGAGCCAGCCUUCCCCAGGCAGCCCUCUGUGGCUGCAGGGCCGGUGGAGGGCCCAGGGCGGGCGGCCCAGUCCGGCCCCGCAGCGAGGGAAGGCGUCUGCGCCAGCACUGGCGGGAGGGCGGUCCUCCUGCGGCGCCCAGAGCGGUCCCUGGAGCCCGAGAGCCCUGCCCCAGCCUUGGUGCGGCAGGAGAGCUUCCGCAAGGAGCCGGCCAGCAGCAUCCCCACGCCCGGCCAGCUUCCACACGUCUCCGGCCACCCCCUCCUGCAGGACCUGGCUGCCACCCGGGCCUCCCGCAUGGACCCCCACCCCCAGGACACCCGCCUGAUCCUGAAGGAGACGGAGACAGCCCUGGCAGCACUGGAGGCCCGGCUGCUCUCCAAGCCCGUGGAGGAGGCAGAGGGCCCGAUGGGCAGCGUCCCUGGGCCGCCGGAGGACUCCCUGUCCGGGGACUCUGAUGUGGACACGGCGAGCACGGUCAGCCUGCUCAGUGGCAAGAAUGGGCCCAGCCCGACCAGCCCCAAGCCCGCAGGACCGCAGAAGGAGAAGCCGCCGUCCCCACCAGCAGCGCAGGACCCAGCAGGCAUCUCCAUGAACUGUGGCCAAGAGGUGCUCUCAGACAAGCACCGUCGUGCCCUGGGCCCCACAGACACAGGCCGGGCAGAGCCAGGGAGGCGCCUGGCAGCGCGGCGCGGCGCUGGGCCCCGGGUGUCCUCGGACUGGCCUGACGAAGAACAAGGCUCUGGCCCAGCCCACCCGCCCGGCACGGACACAGUCACCUCUGACCACGAGAGCCCUGUGGCCGCUGGGGCGGGGCGGUCAGGACCUCGCCGGAAACCGGCACCCCCGGCGCCACCCCCGACUCCCCGGGAGGAGCAGGCCCGCGGCUCUGCCCAGAAGGUACAGCAGGUGCUGACCCGCUCCAACAGCCUGUCCACGCCACGGCCCACGCGGGCCUCCCGGCUGAGGCGGGCCCGGCUGGGGGACGCCUCCGACACAGAGGCUGCUGAUGGUGAACGGGGGCCCCCGGCCAACCCUGAGCCGGUGGGGCGGCCGGCGCCCGAGCAGGCCAAGAAGCUCUCGCGCCUGGAUAUCCUGGCCAUGCCCCGGAAGCGGGCGGGCUCCUUCACGGGGCCCAGCGACUGCGAGGCGGCCCCCGCCCGCGCCGGCUUCUCUGGCCGCAGUGUCGAGUUGUACUGCUCCAGCCGCAAACCCGUCAUGGCCGAGGCUCGCACCGCCGCCGCCAGGAAGUCUGCCAGUACCGCCACGGCCCCCCGCCAGCCCUUCAGCAGGGCCCGCCCUGGCAGUGCCCGAUACUCCUCACCCAGCACGCGUCGCCGGCAGCAAGGCUCCGACUGCACGUCCACGUCCGAGGAGGACUGUGGCUCCCACCACAGCUCCCCUAAGCACGCACGCUCCCUCGCCUCAGCAGCCACGCAGACCCCGCGGGCUGGCAGCUCCGGCCGCACGCGCCCCCGGGCCCCCGGCCUCCGGGACACGGACGAUGAGGAAGAAGACCCAGACCCGUACGGCUUCGUCGUGCAGACCGCGGAGAUCGCGGAGAUCGCCAGGCUGAGCCAGACACUAGUGAAGGACGUGGCCAUCCUGGCGCGGGAGAUCCACGAUGUGGCUGGGGACGGCGACUCGCUGGGCUCACCGGGGCCCGCACGCAGCCCCUCCCUCAGCAACGUGCCCAGCACCCCUGCUUCAACCAUCUCUGCCCGUGAGGAGCUGGUGCAGCGCAUCCCCGAGGCCGGCCUCAACUUCCAGAAGGUGCCCCCUGGCUCCCUGAGCUCCCGAGACUUGGACCAGAACAUGAACGACCGCUGUGGGGACUCGCUCGCCAGCAAGACGCGGCCUCGGAGCCGUGAGGAGGUGAUCUUUGACAACCUGAUGCUGAACCCCGUGUCGCAGCUGUCUCACGCCAUCCGGGAGAACACGGAGCACCUCGCCGAGAAGAUGAAGAUCCUCUUUCAGAACACGGGGCGGGCCUGGGAGGAGCUGGAGGCCAGAAUCAACUCGGAGAACGAGGUGCCGCUCCUGAAGACAUCCAACAAGGAGAUCAGCUCCAUCCUGAAGGAACUGAGGCGCGUGCAGAAGCAGCUGCAAGUCAUCAACGCCAUCGUGGACCCCAGCGGGAACCUGGACCUGCUGACUGGGAACCGGAGCCCCGCGGGCUCCGCCCAGCUCGGGAAAGGCCGGCCGGCUGCCCAGAGCCCGUGCUCGCCCCCCUUGGCCCUGCCUCUGAGGAGCUUCCCACAGCGGGUGAACUGUGGCUCCCCAGGCCUCCCGGACCCUGCCCUCCUCCCCGACUUCCUCCCGGACGCAGAGAGGUUCCUGCUCUAGGCGCCUCCACGUGCCCUGGGUCCAGCGCCGCCAGCGCCCUUGUCUGCCGCCACGGCCCUUCCCGGCUGUGGACGGUUCACCGCAGACCCCCACAUGUGCCAUAACCCUGUGGGCAGGUGCCUCUGUGCCCAGACCCCGUCCCUAGCUGCCAGCCAGCGCCCCAGCUGGACGGUCCAGCCCCUGCGGCCACCCCCACAGGCCCUCUGGCCCAGCUCCUGCUGCGGCUGUUCCGAGAGCCGGCGUCCCAGGUGUGCCCUGUCUCCUCUCUACUCCUGUUAUUUUGUCUUUAGCUCUUAAGGAAAGAGUGGCCUGUGCCACCACAGCAGCCCUGGGCCUGGAAGGCCAUCGUCCCGCCCGUGUGCUGGGGGUGGCUGCUCUGCUACGGGCUCUGUGGGCUCAGCGGUCCCGUCCCUGUGGGCUGGCGGGGGCCAGGCCAAGGAGGAGGGGCUGGACCAGGGGGUGGGUAUCAUUCAGUGCCAAACACGGAGCCAGGAGGGGCUGCUGGAGCCCCGGGACUCGAGGGCAGGGUGCUCCCAGCUGAGCCCUUGCAGCCCGCUCUGCCAUGGAGCCGGUGGCUCCCGCUGCCCCGGGGUCGGGUGGCCUGUGGAGUUGUCUGGGGCGGGAACCCCACUACUUCAAGCCUUUGGUGCCAAUGCAACUGCCAAACCCACAAGUGUGCGGGCCGGGCAUGCGGGCACACAUGCUGGACACGCGCGCCCUCU